UGUCAUUGAGCGAGAGAGAGAGAGAGAGAGAGCAUGUGAGAGCAUGCGAAAGCACAUUUCAUGGUUGAGGAAGCAAUAACUAGAGAAAAUCACAUUUUAGGGUUGUGUGACUCAGCAGCAGGAUAUCACUUGACUUGGUUCUGUGUGUCAUCGUAUAUCCAGUGCUUUCAUUUGACAGCUCUUCACUCAGGCUGAUGGAGCUGCGUUGCCUCUCGGCCUUCUUGGCACUUCACGUGCUGUGUUGUAUCGAUGCCUAUCCCAGCGGUGCUCCUACAGGCGCCUGCGUGGACAUGAUACCUCGACACAUGGGGGUGCUGCCGCAGCCUUCACCGGCGCCCUACUCUGUUCUCACCAACGCCAACAGCUACCAGCCGGGGAAUCCCAUCACAGUGACGAUCACUGGACCAGAAUACAGAGGUGUGCUUCUGGAGGCUCGGACCAGCGGCAGCACCAACGCCCUGGGGACCUGGAAUCUUCCUCCUCCAGACACCAGGUUUCUUGAGUGCAACGGAGCACCACAGGGGGCCGUUACUCACUCCAACACCAACCUGAAGGGCAACACCACCGUAUACAGAUGGAUCCCACCUAAGUUUACCAGCCCUGUCUACUUCAUGGCCACCAUAGCUCAGCAGCGGACGGUCUUCUGGAUCAAUGUGAGGUCCAGCACUCUGACCAGUGGGAAACCAGGAGGUCUCAGCUUUGCCACGGGUGCAGGUGCCGGACAGGCUGAAGAAAAGCCUCUGCUCCUCCUCGUGUUGGGUUUUCUAAUGUUCCAAGUGCUGGCGUGAACGUGAUGUGAAAAGGAAAAACAAGGCAAUCUAUAACUGCUGCAGUGUGUUACAAAUCAGAGAAUCUAUUGUUAUAAAAUCAUCAAUUUUAAGUC